AUGGCACUAGGCAUUGCCACAGCACUUCAUUACCUUCAUGAGGAUGUAAAACAAUGUGUACUGCAUAGAGAUAUUAAGUCAGCUAAUGUUUUGUUGGACACAAAUUUCAGCACUAAGCUUGGUGACUUUGGAAUGGUGAAGUUAGUAGACCUGACAUUGAAGACUCAAAGGACUGGGGUUGUAGUGACAUAUGGUGAUCUCCCAGUUGUCAUAUCAUGUGCUAGCCUUGCCCUGGAUGAUGCUGGAAUAAUGAUGUAUGACCUUGUUGCAUCAGUUUCUAUGUCCUGUCUCAAUAAGAAUCUAGUCAUUGAUCCUAUUUUUGAGAAGGAAAACUCCCAAGAUGAAAGCUUGAUGAUUACGUGCAUGCCUUCUCGUGAUGAAAUUACUCAACUUACAUUUACUGGGGAAUGGUCCACUCUAAAGAUUUACGAGGGAAUGCAGCUUUGCCUUGACGCUUGUGCAAAGCUUGCAAAGAUUAUGAGGUCAUAUUUGAAAGAAGCUGCUUCUAAUUCUCAGGAAUAG